AUGUCCACGAUGUCCGACAGCGGUGACCACGAUGGGGGUAUACGCACAUUUCAAAGUGUAAAAGGAAGACCUGCGGCAGACGAUGGAGAGAAGCCGCAUGAUGGCUCAUUGCAGACAACCCAGAGUGUCUCCCAUAAAGUGAGAAUCGAAGAAACCGAAGAACAG